AUCAUUCCCAACCCGUGUUCCUCACGGGCCACGGCCAAGAGAGAUAUCUUAGAGGGUUUGCGCGACGACCGCCUUUACUCUCCAUAAAACCCGAUCGUCGGUCGCUUCAGGGUUUGUAUACUCCUGUCUCCUGAAAAUAAUUGAAACCAGAGAUUCGUUGUUUAUUCUCUUUUUCAGCCUGUUGGUAGCCAUGGGAACUGCUGUUCUCCGCUCUGAAGAUUGUCUCAGAGAUCGGAUCCCCUUUGAAACACUAACGUCGCCUGUGAUCAGACCUCGCCGAAACCCUAACCCUAACUCUGGCACUAACAUUAGUCCUAACUCUUCGCGGAACCGCCGCAGAAUGCGCAAUCCGUCGGGGUCUCUCGAGAAGGAGAACGGUAACGGUCGAUGCGGAACGAAUGUUGUGAAGCCUCCGGCUAAAACUCUUGUCAUGGGCCAAGUAACUAUCUUGAAGCGUGGGGAGGAGUUGAAGCCACCGAAGGUCGAUGAUGCUGUGGAGGAAGUAAAAAAGGAAAACGAUGUUGAUUCGGUUUUAUGUUCGACAAAUCGUUUGGGUCCGGAGCCUGAAAUGGUUCCGAAGCAGAUCCAUCUCACAGACGCGAAGGCAGCAGAUGGGGAUGUGUUUGCAGGCUCGGUUUUUGCCUCUUCGCCUCCUCCGAGUUCCCUACCUUUCCCUGCCUUCUUCACCAAGAAGGGCGCACCUAUGAACAACGAUUUGGCGACAAAUGAUCUGCGAAGACUUCUGCGUCUCCACUUGUCGUGAUUGUUGUUCGAGAUCAAGUUUGUCGGCCUUCUACACUGUUUACUCGUUGGAAUUAGUGGCCUGUUGAUGGAUCUGAUAGUCCGAAACUUUCGUCACUGUCGAUAGCUCCGCUUGUCGGGCUUCCUUUAUUUUUUCAACAGGAAGCCCGAUUUGUACGGGAGCUAAGGAAGCGAUUAAAGUGAAGCACUGCAGUAGCGCAGUAUCUCUUCCACUCUCAGGGUGACAUAUGAUUAUAUGUCUCUGGCACAAAUUCUAACCUUUAGUUAUUUUUUUCUCCUUUUGUGACCCUUCUCACUCUUUCAUUCCAGUUAACUAUAGGGUUUCAUGUUCAUGUAUAUCUCGUAUAGCCCAAAUUUACCGAUGACCGAUGUAGUCUAGUUUGUUGGGAUGUUGGUUAGUCUAGUUUUCUAUGUCAGGGAUAGGGUUUAUAUUUCUCUUUUUUAUGCUUUUCUUGCAACUUCUUUGUGCUCUGCACUUUUUUAUAGCUUUGAAGAUGGUGAAAAUUGAAUACAGCCAUUUUGAAUAAUUUUCCUCAUCCAACUGAUGACUGAUAUAGUUUAGUUUGUUGGGAUGUUGGUUAGUCUAGUUUGCUAUGUCAGGGAUAGGGUUUAUAUUUCUCUUUUUUAUGCUUUUCUUGUAACUUUGUGCUCUUUACUUUUUUAUAGCUUUGAAGAUGGUGAAAAUUGAAUACAGCCAUUUUGAAUAAUUUUCCUCA